GGAAUGCUCGUAGUAAUACAUGGUAAUUUGGGUCAAAACCGGAAACCAUUUUGAUAGCAAAAUCUUCUCUUUCUUUUUCUCUUUUUAUUUUUAAAAUUCCAAGGACACAAAGAUGGUGCAAGGACAGUAAAUGUAGUGUGGAAAGCUCCGGGGCCAGAGGAACUCUAUGGUUCAAGCCUUCAGCUUGAUUUCGUUUGGAAACUUUGUGGCAACUGGGGACUCAUCAUGAAGCUUCACAAUGGUUUGGAUGUGCAGCAUCUGAUGAAGAUGCUCACAAAUGCACUGCUCAAGGAACAGGAUCAAUGGAAACCAGUCCUCUAUAAAUCAAACAGUGCGACACAGGAGGUGGGUGGGGUACACAGGGACGAGGUGGUCGGCUGGAUCCUCUGUCUCAACCGCCGCUUCCAGUUCUCGCCCGAGACAGUGGCUCUAAGCGUUGCAGUCACUGACCGGUUUCUCUCUCUUGUUAAGGUGCGUCCAAAGUACUUGCAGUGCAUAGCAAUAAGCUGCUUCUACAUUGCUGCCAAAACAUUGGAAGAAGAUGAGGUAAUACCAAGUGCAGUGGAGCUCGUGAAGACCAGUCAGUGUGGCUGCGCUGUGUCGGACAUUCUACGCAUGGAGAUGAUCAUUCUCAACAAGCUGCAGUGGAACGUCCGCACUGUCACCCAGAUUGACUACCUGCACAUUAUCCACUCGCUGCUGAUGUGUUACUACCCCCAGUUGCUGGAGAGUGUUGCCAACAUGACGCCUUCCCGACACCUGUCCAUCCUGUCUCGCAACCUUUUCCACUGUCUGGCCAAUCAUAAGAUGGUGGGGUUCCGGCCCAUCGCGCUCACACUAGCCGUGAUCAGUCUGGAACUGGAGCAGAUCACCCCAGUGUGGCUCUCCAUCAUACACACUGUCCAGAAAAUGGCAGAGGUUGACAUAGACUCGAUGAUCAGAUGUCGUGAAAUCGCCGGACAGAUCCUGAAGGACAAGAGCAUGUUGCCGACUGGCUACCAGUUCGUAGGAGCACCUCCGGCCAGACGCAACUCUCUCACACGAUCUCAGUCAUUCAAGCGCAAAGGCGACCAGAUGGAGCUGGAGGACGACGUUUAUGACGGAAUCAAGCGACUCUACAGUGAAGAAACCUCGAGCGUGCCCAUGACAACCUGCGCGUCGGAGUUUGGUCAAGGUCCCGACGGAGAGGGAAUGUCAGUCCAUCAGUUCCCGCAAACGAAGCCUGUUUGUGCCAAUUAGGCAUCAUUAGCACCUCAUUUGUUGUCUGUAUGUGUUAGCUGUAAGAUGAAUCAAAUGUAUGGUCGCUAAUGUGGCCAAGUUGAUUUAUUUGAUGUCUUUAAAAAGUAAGUUUCUAGGUGCGUUCUCUAGAAGAUAUAAAGAUAGGGUAGUGAUGUAGGUUAUUGCAUUAGUUUUCGCAGAAUAAAGAAAGAGAUUCGUCACAGUGUGGUUUUUUUAAUAUUAUAUGCUCCUUUGUAUACGGUUUUUCUAAUAUUCAUGCCAGUAAUAUAAUAUAUGUUUUAUGCAACUCUAGCACUCAUAAAGAAUUAGGGUUUACCUAUAUUCCUCAAUUCUACUCAUUGGAUUUAUUUGUGUAUACAAAUAUAUUUGACUGUGAUAGUGUUUUUAUUAAAAGAUUUCCUUUUAGUUGUUCUCAGUGUUUUGCAACAAGGGCAAUUGUGUAGUGUAUGUGUUUGGUUUUCUUUCUGUCUUUUGUUUUAAAAGAAACCUUUCAACGAGAAAAAUGUAUGCUUCACUCUGCUGUUUUAACCAUUAUUGGAGCUCUGAGUAGUAUCAAAUAUUUGGAAAGAAAUUACCACUAAUAUCAUAUACCAGUAUGUUGACUUACCAGUGUUAUUAUUUUAUAAACGUGUAUUACAUUCCUAUGUAGCAAUGCUAUUUUCUCUUGAAAAGUUUCUCACCAAUGAGUAGAAUUGAACAAGAGUGUUUUCCCAUUUUUGAAAAAAAUCUGUAAAGAAUGAGAAACGAUGUUUGCUAUUGAGCAACUAUAAGGCAACAUCUUUAUAACUGUUCAGUACUGUGUUAAGAUGUGCAGACUUAAUUCUUCUCUCAAAAUCAAAAGGUGCUAUCAGCAUAUGUGCAAAUAAUGUUGAUAAUCCCUGCUGGUUUAAAAUUGAUCCUCAGUCCAUAAAACCUAAGUCUGUAGGGUUGCACUUGUUUGUUUAUUAUGCCACCAUUAUGUUGUACUAUAUUCUGUAAUUCAAAAAACAUAAUUUUGGGAUGUGAUGACCCGCUUCACUUUAUUAUAGAUCUCCACAACUUUUCCUUGAAUCAGGUUGUCAUAUCCCAGAAAAAAAAGGAUUACAAUUUUAAGAAAAAAAUAUGAACAAAAAGUAUAUAAAUUUAUGUAAACAUACCGAAAAAAUGUUAUUUGUUUUAUUUGAUUGAUUGUUGUAUUUGUUUUGGUUGAGAGAUUGUAAUGCAUAAAUGGUUAUUAAAUGUAUUCAUUUUAUUCUCAAAUCAAUGCUUGAUGAAUGUUUGUCCUUAACCAACACUAAAUAAAUGUGAAAAUGACAUAAGAACGGUUGAAAGAAUUAUAUUAUUUGUUGUUUUUGCCAUGUAGAAUAUAUUUGUUGAUUGUUAACGGUAACAUAUGUCUGAAAUGUAACCUUUGUUAGGUCAUUUUGCUAGUAAGCUGAUUCAGUGGACAUUUUAAAUCUCAUACUAGGAUUUUUGAUCUGUUAAUUUUUGUUGUUUUGUGAUCAUUUUAUAAGCAAGGACCAGUAUGAAUGGAAUGAAAGCUUGAAUUUUUAGUUUUGUUAAUUUCAAUAGGAUAUUUAUUGUUCUUGUUAUAUCUUAUGUCUGUUUAUCGUAAACAAAAAAAAUCCUUUUUUAUUUGCCAGUAGAAUUUAAUUCAAUUGCUUUGCUUUUAUUAACCCCGAUAUCAUUUGCAACUUUUACCAUUUGUACUGGUCUAAACUACUGUCCGCACUUAAAAUUACUGCAACUAACAAACUAGAUGCAUACAUUGACAUUUCAAGUCAUUGUGUGCCAUUAUUCCGAAUAUUUUUGCAACUUCACUUUUGUUGCUAAAUCUCUAAAUUUGUGGACACAAUUCUAUUUUGUCAGUCUUUGAAUUAGUAAAACUAUAUGGACAAGAUGUGUUUUCCAAUACUUAAUUUAUUGUCUUUUGUUUUCCAAUAUUUAGUUUAUUGUUUUGUUGGUUUUCUAUGAAAGAAAGAUGUUUAUUACUUAUAGUAGUUUUAGUUUGUUGCUUAUUUAAGCAAAAUAAAAAAUUAAGCAAAUAACCUUGUACAUAGAUAACAACUCAUGUUCUAGUAUUAUAACAUUCAUUAAGUAUUUGUUGAUAUUUAAUGUUAUGUUGUAUGGAGUUGGUAAUGUACAUAUACGGUCUAUGUAAUAUUCAUAUUAAUGUAUUUCACAGACUGUAAAAUCAUACAAUUGUAAGUGUAUUUAAAUUUCAUACCAAAAUAAUGUUUGACAUCUCUGCUUGUUUCGCAGAGAAGCUAAGAAGGUAUGUUUACCCUAAAGUACCGGUAUUAGAAAAUAGUUAUUCCUUUUUGUAUGGAAAUUUGGUACACUUAUAUAUAAGCAGUGUUCUAGUAAAACUGAGCUUUAUGCAUAUGCCUAAAUGAUUGCCCCUGAUCAGACUGUUCAGUCUGCAAAGGUUAAUAGAGGGAAACACUUUUCGCAUAAACUGGACAUAAAUUUAUAAAUUUCUAUAGAAAGUUUCUUUGUUGAUGAUCCUGUGUUGACUGCACAGGCUAAUCUGGUAAGAUAUUUUACACACAUGCAAUAAGCCCAGUUUUUCCACAGUGCAGCUCAUGAUGAAUGAUUUUACAGAGUGUGUGUGUAUACUUGUACGUUAAAUAGAGUUCCUGUAUACCAGCGGGCAAGUGUAUGGUUGCCAAUCAAUUAUCAAUUAUAGUAAGUGCUACUUUAAAGGUCUUGAUUUUACAAGCUGUACAGUUAAUCAUCAUCAUGUGUAGAUAUUCAUGGGUAAGAGCAUGUGUAAAUAUCAAGAUGUGAAAUGCAGCAUGUACUACAAAUCCAAAGGUCUCGUGUGCACAUCAUUUGGAGAGUAUAGUUUUACAAGGAGAAAUCACCAGCAUUUUAUCGUAUUGUGUAUAAAUAAUAAGAAUUUUUAUCUGUAUACAUUUGAAGGACAUAUUGGAUAGAGAGAAAGAUUGAUGGAUGAAUAAGCUGAUUGAGCAAUAGGGAGAAAGAACAUUCAUUUGUGCCAUUAUUAUAUUGCACAUGGGGCUCAGGGAGGGAAAGUGUUGAACAUUAAAAGAUUUGUGGUUUUAAACAUGUACGAGGCUUGCCAAGACUCUUUUAUGUAGCUUUCUAUUGGCUAUAUAAUUUUGGAGGGUUGAUUUGUUUUAGUCAAUUCGCGACACACAACAACCACUAGGGUUGAGCAUGAGACUUAUAGUUAAAUAUUUCAAUGUAAGACAUGAUACCGGUAGUUUAAUGCUCCAUCCUGUACUGAUUCAGUGGAGCGAAUAUUGGUAGGUGUGGACUGUAUUAAUGUUAACUCGUGUCAAGAUCAAAAUCCGGUGGAAAAUAUUAGCCACUCAAUUCUUUCAACAUAAGAAACAACGGACUGUGUAUAGUUUAAGAGAACGUUCGUUGUUGAAAUGUACCAUGUACAUAUGUAACAUAGAUUUACUAUGUUUUACGUUACAAUACAUAUGUUUGAUGAUCUAGCAAUCAAAAUCGAAGUUUCUUAAAGUGAUGUGGAUAAAAUACUUGACGGGUCCUGGAGUAUGAAUAUUUCAGCAAUAGUCAGAUAGUUUUUAUUAAUUUAGACCUAUUCCUAGCCUGUCUUGUAUGUUUUUCCAAUCUUAUGGUUUGCUCAGAUGAAGAGAGAUAUUUUAGUUUUUGGUUUUUGUUCAGAAGAGGUAGACGUUAUGUUAAUGUCGCUUGAUGCGAAGGAUAUUUUGUUUUUACCAACCAACUGGACUCUUUUAGUUGUUAUUUCAUUUAUUUUAAAACGUUAUUUGAUUUUAACAAUGUGAAAUAAAUUUUAUGGUGGCAA